AUGUUAAGAACAAUUUGGAUCCCAUUAACUGAAACACCUGGACCACCCACCCAUCGUCAUCAUCUCCCCCUAGUUGUGUUAGUAAUCGGAAAACUACCUCAAGCCAGCACCUCCACCACUAACCUCUGGCGACCACCACGACAACCUUUUCACAAGAAAAACACGUAACCUCACCUCAGACCUCCAGCGUGUCACCUUCAUUUUCUGGCGUCGUCUACACCCUCCUUCACAUCUGAACACCGGGUUGAUUUUUGAAUUUUGGGAGUUUGUAAAUUUUGUGCAGUUUGAUCCGUAUUUGGAUGUAAAUUUAUGUAAUAUUAUUUUAUGUAUAUGUUUGUUUUUGUCUAGGAUUCAUGUUUGUUUUUCCUUAUAUGUUGUUAAUCCUUGGAUAUGUGUGAUUUUUUUGUUUUGAAUCCACCAAAAACAAUGCAUGUAUAAGCACUUGUUGUUUCUCUUAGAAAUCAGUGAACUAUAUAUGCGUAUGCCACAUGUUCGAUGAAAGUAAUCAAUGAAGGCAGCAGGGUUUCGGCUCGAUGAAAGUCCUCAGAUAUGUAUGUAUAAGCACUUCUGGAUUUAUCUCUUUUUUUAGGUUCUAUUGGAGUUAGGGAAUUAUUUUCUGGAUGUGAUUAUGUGAGCCGAGGGGUAAAUAUGAG